UAGAUCUAAACAAAAGGUUUCUGUGGUAGAGGCAGACACUGCAUUGUACUUCCUCUUCUAAAUACACCAGUUACAGUGAGCAAGGUUUCUGUUAUACAAGAAAUUCUCCAUCCAUCCCAUCCUGUCCCAAAUGAUCGUACAGACACAUUCAAAAUGGCAAGCAACAUAUCUUCAGAAAGCUGUGCUGAACCCAAUAUAACAUUUAAACAUCACUUGUAUGCAGUCACUUACACCAUAGUAUUCAUACCAGGUCUUCUGGCAAACAGUGCUGCCUUAUGGGUUUUAUGUCGCUUCAUCAGCAAGAAAAAUAAAGCCGUCAUUUUUAUGAUUAAUUUGGCUGUAGCUGAUCUUGCUCAUGUUCUCUCAUUACCGCUGCGCAUUUACUAUUAUAUAAACAAUGUGUGGCCUUUUGGACAUAGACUCUGCCUGCUAUGUUUCUACCUGAAGUAUCUCAACAUGUAUGCAAGCAUUUGUUUCCUUACCUGCAUAAGCAUCCAAAGAUACUUUUUUCUCUACAAUCCAUUCAAAGCCAAAGACUGGAAGCGCAGGUAUGACGCAGCCAUUAGUGUUGCCAUAUGGAUGUUUGUUGGGGCUGCCUGUUCACCGUUUCCAAUCAUGAGAUACGAAGGCAUAGCUAAUAAUGCAAAUGCCUGCUUUGCGGAUCUUGCUGUUAAGAAGAUCAGCGGUAAGGUAGUACCGGUGGUGAUGACAAUGGUAGCCGAACUACUUGGGUUUGUGGGUCCUUUAAUUGUCAUUGUGUACUGCACCUGGAAAACAAAAGAAUCACUUCAAACAUAUCAAAUGCCUUUGCAGAAUAGUGAGAAACGAAAGGCUUUACGGAUGAUUUCAACAUGUGCCAUUGUGUUCUUCAUAUGUUUCACCCCAUAUCACAUCAAUUUUUUCUUUUACAUGAUGGUGAAAGAGGACAUUAUUACAGACUGCUCCAUCCGCAAAAGUACACUUUACACUCAACCCUUCUGCUUAAGCCUUGCAAGCCUGGACUGUUGUUUGGAUCCAAUCCUGUACUUCUUCACAACUUCAGAGUUUCAGGAUCAGAUAUCAAGGCACAGCAGCAUAGUCAUCAGGAGUCGUCUUAUGAGCAAGGAAAGUGGCUCAUCAAUAAAGGAAUAAAAAUACAGCUUUUUAAAAACCCUGUUCCAUAUAAAAUCUUGGAUUUUUCUCUAACUCCUCAGUCAUAUAAGCAGCAUAGAAACUCCUGCAGCUUUAAUUGAAGGUGUUUUUCAACAGUGAAAAAUCUUUUGGUUUAUAUAAAGCAAACUUGUAAAUUAAACUCAUGGUAAAAAUGUUAUGGGUGCUGGAAGCUGGAAAACCCAUAGCUGGAGUGCACUGGUCUGAUCCCACACAUGACCCACUUGAACUACACAUAACACAGAAGGCUGCAGUGUUUCAGGGUAAAGGCAUGAAUGAGUUAACAGCUCUUUUCCUAUUUUGCUAGCUAUUUCUUUCUUAUACUGUCUCUGGUGAUCAAGCCAAAGACACUCAACUAUAUAUUUAAAUACUGAGAUGCAGUUUUCCUUCCUCUCCAUGAGCCAUCUUUCAAAGUACAAGUACAGAAGGAAAGAGAAAAUGGUAAAUAAACAGCCCUGAACACAAGGACACAAAAAUGGAGCUUCCUCAAGGGCUGAUCUUAAUUCAGUAUGGCACCCACAGUUCUACAAGUACAGGAUAGCCUUAUAUGUACUAUCAUGCAUCCACUGGACCAGCUCAGAUCCUGCUGAAGUCUGAACAUUAAUUUGACUGAAUUGAUACACAGAUUUAUCCUCUUCAUGAGCAUGUUGUUUUUUCAAAUUUAGUUUGAAGAACCAUCAUUCUGUACCAGCAGCAGUAGCUGUCACAUCUACAGUAUCUAAGCUUCAUUUAUAGGUGUAAAAACACAAGCAACUUAUGGACACUUGCAAACUGUAAUUUAAGUAUUUGAUUUUAUUUUGUUACUCUGUGGUCCACCCAAAAUUAUCUUUACAUUUAGCAGUGAGAGACAUAAGUGAUGGGCAAGCACUAGUAUGCAUUUAAAGAAUAACCAUGCUGGUUGUUAUCUCCAAUGGCAAGUGAUUUUAUUUUAAGGACAAUAAGCUAAUGCAGCUUUCUCCUUUUUUUAAUUUUUUAAAAAUGGUUUAUAGAUAUGUAGCUAUUUUAAAGGAAUAUUGGUGUUCUAUGAGCACAAGGAACAUAUUUUUUAUUUAAAGGCUAACUUCUACAGCGGUGGUUCUCAACAUUUUUAGUCUCAAGACAUCUCAUUAGACUCAAGUCACUCCUCAGAAACUAUCACCUCUUAGCAAUCUCUGGGUUGAUCUUGUGAACUACAUGUAGAUGGUUACACUUACCCAACGGUGAUAAUAUUGCCUGGCACCCUUAAAAGGAUCUCAAGGCACCACUGGGUGCCAUGACACCCCAGUUGAGAAUCGCUGUUCUAUAGCUUUAUCAUUAGGAAAACCGAGGAUAAACAAACAAUCCAAUGCCCACUGAAAUCAAUUGAAAGACUACUGACUUAAUUAGACACUCCAUUGUGUCAAAGACUGACAUACAUGUUUAACUUUGUGUGCCAAUGGGACUAUUUGCAGUGCAUACAUGUAAGCAUACAUGCAAUCAGUCUUUGUAGGAUUAGAGCUUAUGUAUAUAUUCAAACACAUGGAAUGCUAUUUUUAUUAGUCUUUUAUCAAGUGUUUCUCCUAGGCUAACUAUCGGGCAAUUUAAUAGCAUAAAGAUUCAGCUUAUAGAGGCAGUUAUUGCUCUUAGGAUGCUUAUAACCCUCAAUCACCACUCAUCCUACUGGGAAUGGUUUACUUCUAUUUCCCUUUCAAGCUACCAUUUUGCCUUAGGUGUAUCCAUGUCUAAGGCUCUGAUUUGACUACUGUAUAGUUUGUUCUACAUUUUUGUUUAUAAGAAUCACGCUUUAAAAAUAAAAACGAUUCGUGCAUAUGUAA